AAGCACCAAACUCCAACUUCUUGUAAUUGGAUUCUAUAACUUUCACUUCUAAAACCACACUCAUUCCAAAAAAACACACUCUCUUCCCCAUAAUGCUUUUACAUUUUCUCCCUCUCUUUCUCCUACUAACAUGCACUGCCCCCCACCAUAUCUCCACCACCAACCACCACCAAUCACCACCACCACCACCACCACCACUCACCAUGGACCCAACUGAGCUACAAACCCUUUACACCAUCAUGGAAACCCUCUCUUCUGACCACCAAUGGAGGAUCACCUACCCAAACCCAUGUACACCUUCCACUUCUUGGGUUGGAAUUGAAUGCAAACCAAGUGUUAGAACCACAAACCCUAACAUUCUUCAUGUCACAAGGCUUGACUUUGGCACCCCACCAAACCCUAAUUGCAAGAACACUGCUACAUUCCCUCCAGAGAUCUUUCAACUUCCUUACCUUCAAUCUGUCUUCUUCUUUAGAUGUUUUACCAAAACUAAAACAACUAUUUCCACGUCGAAAACAUCGAAAACCAGCUUUAGAUCCUCUUCUUUGCAACAACUAAGUUUUAGAUCAAACCCUACUCUUGUUGGCUCAAUACCUUCUCAACUCUUCUCUCAUGUGUCUUCACUUCAGAUUCUUACGUUAACUCAAAGCAAGAUCUCCGGCAGUAUCCCACCGGAGAUCUCGGAGUUAACCUCACUUGUUCAUCUUGACUUAAGCUAUAAUAAGCUUACCGGAGCCAUACCUGUCCAACUGUGGAGCCUCAAGAACCUAGUGGGACUUGAUCUGAGCUAUAACUCGCUCACGGGUCAAGUCCCGGACACAAUUGGGCAACUGGGUAUGCUUCAAAAGCUAGACUUGAGCUCGAACAUGCUCACCGGAAGUGUUCCAACCGGCAUUGGGGAAUUGAGUUCGUUAAUGUUCUUGGCUCUUAGUAACAAUGGGUUUCAUGGGAAACUGCCGGUUGAGUUGGAAAACUUGAAGGGGUUAGAGUAUUUGAUCAUGGAAAAUAAUCCAAUGUCUAUUGAGCUACCGAUGUUGUUCGGUCGGUUUCCAAAGCUGCAAGAGCUCAGGCUGGCUAACUCCGACUACUCGGGUGAAAUUCCGGAUAGUUUUUCUUACCUUUGGAACUUAACUACAUUAUCUUUGCAAAACAACCGAUUAACCGGAAACAUCCCGGUGGGUAUUGCAAAUCUUUCGCAUAUUUAUCAUUUGAAUUUGAGCAAGAACUUGUUGAGUGGAGAGGUGCCAUUUGGUUCGAGUUUCUUGAAGAGACUGGGGAAGAAUUUGGAUUUAAGUGAGAAUAAUGAGCUUUGUUUGGAUCCAAUGCAAGGGAAUGCUUGUGCAAGGCUUGGAGUUGUGGUGUGUAAUAGAAGCAACGCACGUGUGGAUAGGGUGAAACCAUUGAAGACAUCUGAAGGUCGAGUAGUUAGGAUCAGUAGGCCAGCUUUAUUCAUUGUGUUUUUUGUUUUAGGUGUGUUGGAAUUUAAACGUUGAUAUUUCUUUUUAUCAAUCAAUCCAUCAUUUAUUUAUAUACAAUUUUUGUUUU